CUCUGGAGAUUUCAGCGUCUGUCGUGAUCUCGUUCGUCGCAGUUCAGAUUUUGUCACUACCGUUCGAACGUCGAACAAUCGUGAAUACGAAUAUAUCGUCGAUUCCAUAUAAGAGAAAAUGCCGUCGGUGCGCCGGAUGAUCCUCGGACACGUUAUGUCCGGCUUGUGUGUCAAAAUGAAUCGCGCGAAAAAGCUUCAAGGCGAUUUACUCGAGACUCCAAUGAAAAGAUGUCUUUCCACGUUCGAUAUUACACUGCUCGGCGUUGGUCAUAUGGUUGGCGCUGGAAUCUACGUUUUAACAGGAACGGUAGCUCACGAUAAGGCUGGACCAGGCGUGAUUUUGAGCUUUCUGCUCGCUGGUAUAGCUUCCUUGUUAGCAGCUCUGUGCUACGCCGAAUUCGGAGCACGCGUUCCAAAAGCUGGUAGCGCUUACGUUUACACCUACAUCACUGUCGGUGAAUUCUGGGCUUUCGUAAUCGGCUGGAACAUUAUAUUAGAGCAUAUGACCGGUGCUGCGUCAGUGGCUAGAGCCUGGAGCGGGUACGUCGAUUCUUUGGCAGGAGGAUCAAUCAGCAAUUACACCCGGCGAUUGAUGCACGGGUACACCAUGGAGGAACCGCUUGGAAAUAUUCCAGACUUUUUAGCCGCCGGAUUGUGUGUAGCUUACGCGAUGUUGCUAACAUUGGGAGUCAAAAGUUCCGCAACGAUUAAUUCUAUACUCACCAUCGUGAACUUGGGUGUAAUGACUCUAGUGAUCGGUUUGGGAUUUGCUUACGCGAAACUUUCCAAUUGGAAUUACGAGAAUGGAGGCUUCUUGCCGUAUGGAUUUUUCGGUGUAUUGACAGGUGCCGCAUCGUGCCUUUACGCUUUCGUCGGCUUCGAUUCUAUCGCCACUUCUAGCGAAGAAGCACGCGAUCCUGGAUACAGUAUACCGCGAGCGACGUUAUUCUCUAUUGCAAUCGUCACCACCGGAUACGUGUUGGUUGGCGCAGCUUUGACUUUGGUCGUACCGUAUUGGAAUAUCAAUCCCACGGCAGCUCUUCCCGAGGCUUUCUCGUCCAGGGGAGUACCAUGGGCCAAAUACGUGAUAAGUGUCGGGGCUCUGUGCGGAAUGACGACGACUCUCUUCGGAUCCCUGUUCUCAUUGCCACGAACGAUGUAUGCCAUGGCAAACGAUGGUCUACUCUUUGGCUUUUUGGGACACAUUAACGAACGCACUCAAGUUCCGGUUCUGAACUUGGCUAUCAGCGGCUUUGUCAGUGGCUUAAUCGCCUUGCUCUUCGAUCUUCAGCAUCUACUCGAAUUUAUGUCUAUCGGUACUUUCUUGGCUUAUAUCAUCGUUUCGGCAAGCGUAAUUAUCUUGAGAUAUCGGCCCGAAAAGAAUACACCGGCAGCGUCGAACGCUGAUACACCGAAUAGUUUGUCGGUCGCACCGCCUACCGAUUCCAACAGCGACUCGAACAGCGUCACGUCCGCAGAAUCCGAGCUCCUAGACUUGAGCGAAGGCACUGGUAAACUUAAGCCGCGAUACGUUUGGUUGGUCAACUUUUUGGGCAACUGCAAACCCGAAGACGCGGUGACCGGUUCCGUAAUGAUGUACAUAGCAGGUUGCAUUUCCUUGUGUUUCUUCUUUAUACUCAUCUCUCAAACGAACUUUGCGCCAACAUGGUGGGAUUAUUUCGUUCUGUCAAACGUUCUUCUACUGCUGCUCGGAAGUCUUUUCGUUAUCUCCGCGCAUCAACAGAGUCCUCCUAAUGGGAAAUUCCGCGUACCUAUGGUGCCAGUGGUACCAGCCUUGAGCAUCUUAUUCAACGUAGGACUAAUGUUCAAUUUAUCGCCUUUGACGUGGCUGCGAUUCCUCAUGUGGAUGGUAGUCGGAAUGUUGAUAUACUUCCUAUACGGGAUUCACUACAGCAAAGAAGCCGCAAGUCCGAACUCGUACUCGAUCUUAAUGGCAACCUCGGAAGCUGGACGGGGUGCGAAAUGGGGUGCUACGUUGCGGGUGAAUCGAAAAAGCGACGAAGUUCCGAUCUUAAAGGAAGAAGAUUUCGUACAUUAGAGUUCGUCAGAACUGUAUAAAUAUAUGCCAAUCAACGCUGAAUGUAAGUAAAUAAUAUUAAAUAGGCGUUGCGGAAAAGUUACACGAUCGGACCACACUGUUUUCCUACAUACGUGCCGAUUUGAAUUAAAAAUUAAAGUCGAGGAAUCUUUGUACAUACCAGUAACGUCAUGUAAAAUGCUAAGUCUUGCUCUGGAAAAUGCUAAAAAUGUAUCCCCUUCGAGACACUUUGUAUUUAAAGAUUUUAAACAACUAAAUAUUCGAGGAAUUUCAAAGUAGGCAAGAUCGUGUUGCAUUAGUACCUUGAUUCAUUUUCGUCGGAUCCUCUGUUCUCGAUUUAUAUAUCAGGAUUUAGUUGAAGAUGGUUCAGUCUUAUUCGUAUUUUGUCUCGCACAAAUUUAUGAUGUAUACAGUCCUUUUACAUUUUACAUGUGUAUAUUAAUUUUCUAUAU